AUGGGUCAACAAACACGGCCUGGAAUACGCGCACAGUUGACAUUGACCUCAGCACCGUUGCGUCCGAACCAAGACGCACACUGGACGGUGCCUUACCAAACCUACCUCGGUGGGCCCCGCUUUCCCCCGAACCCUAGCUUCGGAGUGAUCCUCUUGCCCCCUCUAAAUUGCGCCCUCGCGACUCGCCUCGACGCUGGGUUGAAAAAACAAAUGAAAAUUCUCGAGCGAUCGGUUUGGUUGCAGGUUUUUGUUUUUAAUUGUGCGAAAUUGAUUAUUGCUUUGCUAUUUUGCUUGAUUGCUGCUUGGAAACUAAUGGGUUUGGUGCUUUCCUACGCAGAAAAAGGAUCAGAAUCGUUUAAACAAAUUGAGGAGAGGAAGAUGGCACUAGUCUCUGGAGGAAGAUCAACACUGAACCCGAAUGCCCCACUUUACAUUCCAGCUGCGUUCCGUCAAGUGGAGGAUUUUUCUCCAGAAUGGUGGCAGCUGGUGACGACAUUCACAUGGUACCAUGACUUCUGGCUCAGCCAGCAACAGGAGGAUGGAGCCUAUUAUGGUGAGGAAGAUGAGUUUGAUGGAAAUGAUGUCGUUGAUCUGCUUCCUGAAUCGUUUGAUCUUGAUGCUGGUGAAGAUCUUGAUGUUUUGGACGCUCAGCUUGAAGACUUUAUUCAAUCUUAUGAAACCCAAGGAACCGGACCCAAAGUAACUGCAUGA